CCGCCUUCUCGACAGUUGCCGGAAGCAUAUGUAUGUCUGUGUCAAGCCAGAUUUGUUGGAAUUUGCAAUAAUAAUCAAAUGCCAAUGCCAAUUGUCAAGCAAUGGUGGCAAUGACUGCAUUGUAUCGAUGACAAUGUGGCACUAAAGCGGAAACUCUGUGUGCUUGUCCUUGAAGUUGUCGACGGUGUGGGCAGCCUGCUGAAGCAGAUUGGUCUGACGCGGUAGGAGAAGGUGUGCACUGGCGAGGUGGUAGGUACGAUGAAGGCCGCGGGGAUCCCGGCCAAGAGCACGUUCUCCUUUCGCGCUGAUGUGGGCAGGCAGCAGGAGAUCUCACAAGUGAUGAGUCCUUUCACAGCCAUUCUAGAGAUUCGUAUGCUGAAGAUCAGUCGUUCCCUGCUUAAUAUAGCAACACCACACAUGUCUCAGGCGCAUGCCCUUAGAACAGUUUUCUCCCAAACGAUAAGAGCAAGAGCCGCAGUGAGUAACGCGGCAACGCAGAGAGAGCGGUCCACACACAGAUUGAGUGGUACCGAUGCCGAUGUUGGCUCCACAAUCAUUGAGGACGCCUCACGACAGCAGUCGACGCCGAGGGUGGUUCUCAAGGGCGGCAAGUCCCGGCUCUUUAAGGCGGGCGCACCCCAUGUGUACGGUGGCGCUGUCGAUUCGGUGGUGGGCCGUCCCCCCCCGGCAGCUGGCGAUGUGGUGGUGGUGACAGACGGACAGAAGCGAGCGUUUGGCUGGGGAGUCUACAACCCCGCGUCCAUGUUUCGGGUCCGCCUGAUGCAGACAGACUUGGACGUAGACAGGGAGCCCGGCUGCCUGCUGGACCUGCCGGCCCUCAUCCGCGCGCGUGUGCAGCAGGCGGUGGCCCUGCGCCGCACGCUGGGCCUGCCCUCAGCGCAGACCAGCGUGUAUCGCCUGAUCAACAGCGAGGGGGACAGGCUGUCCGGCCUGAUUGCGGACGUUCUGGGUGACCACGUGGUGGUCCUCUCCUGCGCGGCCUGGGUGGAGCGGCAUGCCCCCGUCGUGCGCGCCGCCAUCCAGGAGGCCACCGGCCUGCGCAGCAUCGUGUGGCGGCCCUCGCUGGACAUCCUGCGCGAGGAAGGCCUGGAACUGCCCGCGGGCGGAACACCUACGCAGGAGCCCAGCACCCCCGCAGAUGGAGCCGUUCAGGUGGUGGAGAACGGCGUCCACUUCCGCGCCGCGCUGCAUGGUCAAAAGACUGGCUUCUAUGCGGACCAGCGCGACAACCGUGCGUACCUGAGGACGAUAGCAGGGGGAAAGACGGUGCUCGACCUGUGUUCCUACAGCGGGGGGUUUGCAAUCAACGCAGCGCUGGGGGGAGCAACGCACGUCACAGCGGUGGACUCGUCGGCGUCUGCGCUCGUGCUGGCGGAGGCCAACGCUGCAUUCAACGGGGUGCUCCCCUCGUCCAUCACGCUCGUCAAAGACGACGUGGCGGCCUUCAUGGCGGCCGCGCUGGCGGCGGGGCGGCAGUGGGACCUGGUGGUGCUGGACCCGCCCAAGCUGGCCCCCAGCAAGAAGGUGCUCGACCGCGCGGCCGCCAAGUACCGCCGCCUCAACGCGCUGGCCAUGCAGCUGACGGCGGCGGGGGGCCUGCUCAUGACGUGCUCCUGCUCGGGGGCCAUGACGCAGAGCGGCGCCUUCCCCACCGUCCUCCAGGAUGCCAGCACUCUGGCCCGUCGACCAAUUCGAAUACUGCGGCACUCAGGGGCCGGCCCCGACCAUACUCUUAUUCCCGGAUAUCCGGAAGGGGCCUACCUCACGAACAUGCUGCUGCACGUACACUGAACGGUCGGAGGGCAUCUCGAUGUACUGCGAAAUUGACCAGGUCGCGGCUGUUCAAAUGCCAGAGAAGGUUGCGCUAACGCUUGAUGAGCCAGUCGGCACGCUAGACUUCGUUGGUACCAAUCGUUUACGAUGCCAUUCGGGUAGACGCCGCAACUUUAGUUUUCCCUUUUUUGACCAUAUGGCGGAGCCAUUAGGAAGGUGGCUGCUGAUCAGAUUGGUUGGUUGCAUGCCGAAAGGGAACUUAGUACGGAAAGGGAACCCGCUCUUACAUUCUAGCCUGAUACAUGAUUCAGCAACCAAGCAAAUUUUUAAGACAUUUGCUCGCUUUAUAUUAGUUGAGAGUCAACGUCAAGAGAACGUACAAGAUUAGCUUAUCUAGUAGACUGGGCUUUGCAGUUCGCAUCCGGACAGGAACUUUGUGACUUGAAGUUAGUCACUGCCCUUAAAGAUGAUUAGGCUUUGGUUCAGUUUAGCCAGCACUCCAAAGAACCUUCAUAUCUAUAUUGAGAAGAGUUACAUGCACUUGCCAAAAAGUCCGUUGAAGUACAGCCCGCGGACCUAGGCCUGAUGCGGA